GUUGCGAUAAAAAAAUGGACGAAAACAAAUACAAUAAGAAAAACGAGAAAAUAAAAAAUAAAAUAAUAAAAAAAUAUUAAAGAAAUACAAAAAAUUGAUAUAAUGAUUACAAUCUUGAAGUGACAUAAAAACCCGAGUCUGGGCGACUAAUAUAAUUAAUCAAAAAAAAUAAAUUUAUAAAUAUUUGUUUAAUAUUUACAACAAAAUAUUAUAAAAUUAUUUUUUGACAACAAUCGGUAUUUAUUACGUUAAUGUACAAUAAAUAAAAUAUGUCGUAGAUAUUAUAGUCAUUUAGUUUUCCACAGUAUCGCGAAUAUAGCUAAACAAAUAUCGAAAAAUUGAUUAGAAACAUUUUUUAAAUCAGUAGCUUAUAUAGAUCCGUUAAAAGCUUUUACUGUUGUAAAUAGAAAUCUAUUUAGGAAUGUAUUAUAUUUUUUACUAUCAGAAAGUAAAAAAAUGUUAUUUAUACGCCAUUUAAUUUUUCUUCUACAUUUAUACUCACAAUUUUACAUCUACUUGUAUUAAUAGAAGAAAAUGGAUUUAUUUAGAUUCCUUACUCGUGCACAUCGCAAAUAUCCUGCGAUGUUAAAGAUAGCAGAUGUCAAUCGGACGUGAGUACCAUCACAGAACAAACUAACGAAAUAUAUAAAACGAACAGAAUGUCAGAAACAGAUAAGGAAUUGCUGACUAUUGAUUGGGAAGGAUCAGAUCAAAGUGCAGAAAGGAAGGUAGAAGAGAUUGUCACCACUGAAGAAACAUCGAUUGGUAGUGAAACAGAUCGACAAGGUGCUCCGGAAAAAGUUCUAAUCGAAGAUGAUCAAAGGAGAUCAUUAUUGAAAAACAGCAGAGCAAUUGCGGAGACAAAUAAUAUUGCAGAAGAAAAAGCUAGUUUGGAGUUGCACGGCGUCACGUGCCAAGUAAAAAGACGUGAAAAACCUGCGGUGGAAAAAUUAACGUGGCAAUCGGGAACGGCGGAAGCACGUAUCGACGAUAAAAAGGCUGCAGAAUUUGAAGAAAAUAUUGAAAUGGUGCAAAAAAGCGCGCAGGUUUCCGCGCAUAAAAUUAAAAAAUCUCCAACAAUAUUCGAAAAGGGUAUACAAAUAAAUUUGCGAAAAUCUGAAAAAUACAGAAGGUAUGGUGAGAUUUCGCAUAUCGACGCGAAAAUACGUAGAUCAGUUGGCUUGGAAAAAAAGGGGAAAAAAGAGGAAGGGAGACAGGAAAAGUGGAUUAAUAAAUACAAACAGCGUAAACAAAGGGAAUCUGACGGUAGCUCAUCACAAAGAAAACAAAAAGCUUGUCACAAGGGGACACUAGUUAAAGAAAAGUUGUAUAAUAGAAGGAAACGAGAAAAGAUUUGCAAUCGCGGUGUACAAACUCAUACACAUCCGAGAACGUGGCACGUGGGAGACCCUUUCUGUGGAAGUCGCGCAGAACGACAUCCUGAUGACACUCGACAGAGAAGAAUCGCGCCUGCAUUGAGGUCAACGGUUGAAUUACGAGAAAAUCGUCAAACUCAGUGUAAUCUUCGCGACAGGAAAGAUACUCAAAGCAGGAAAGUUGAUGCCUACGAUCCGAAGUCUACAAACAAGCCAGAGGUCUGGUCUUGUCGUGUUCAGCCCCAAUUUAAGACAUCUGAGCAAACAGUCCACUGUCAAGAUUAUGUGGAUCAACUUUCGAGUCCAUAUAAUGACCCGUUGGAAAAGAAACCGCAGCAAAUAAAAAAGAGGUACGACGUUAAUGUGCGCGAAACCAGAUUGGAAGUGCCUAUGUUGAAAAAAUAUCUACCUGCGUAUCAAGCGCCCGGUUUAAUAGAAGAGCUGAAGGAACACGAUAGAAUGAGAUUAAUUCAAGAACGCGAAGCUAGAAGAUGGAUAGCUUUGAGCGCCCUUCGUAGCACGAGGGAUUCUCCCUCAAGUAGUAAAUCGAGGGAUCGAGGGACAUGCGGCACUUCAGUAAUAUGCGAUGAAACCGUCAGCGGAUUAACUUCAGUCUCCACGAGAUCGAACGAGGGGAAUACCCUUCCGUAUCAAGAAACGCAAACCUUCAAACAAGUGUUGCGCGAGUUUCGGCAGAAGAUAGAGGGCGAGAGACCUCUAAUAUUUUUAUCUCAGCGCGCAGAUAAUUGUAAAGAGCUGCAACAAUUGUUUCCACCCAAAAAUGAAAGCCGUGAGGGAUUUACAGUGACGCCGAAGUUUGAGGAAGUUGCUAAUAGGUUUAAGCCAAUCUGCGAUAAACAAGAAGGAGAAGAAAAAUGGUGUACUACGAUAUAUGAAGCAAAGCGAAGAUUUCAAAGCGAUUCAGUUAGUGAAGUAUCGUCGAUUUGCAGUUACUGCGAACAUCGUCGAUUUGAUGUUUCGACUUCAACUGACGAAACCGCAGAUAACAACGUUGAUAUCUCAUAAGUGUUUAAUAGUGUGCAAUAAUGUUUGUACGAAUCAAAUGAGUGGUAUUAUGUAAAUGUAAUACUAGAAUUAACAAAGUUUCUUGCUUGUUAAAAAAAACCCUUCAUUUCUUACUCAUUAAAAAAAAGGAGAAAGAAUUAUUAUAAAAAUGGAAAAAUGCGAUGAAAAACAAAACAUUUGAUCAAGAUAAAGAAAAACAUUGGCGAAAGGUAAGAAAAUUUUAGAAUCUUAUUUUUUAUGUAAGAAAUGGGAUAUUAAUUUAAUAUUAAGUUAAAGUCUGUAAAAUUGUCUAAAUAACUAAAACUUUCUAAUUCGCAACUCUGAUAUAAUAAUAAAUUCGGCAAAAUUUAUAUUAAAAAAAAACGAGUCUAAUAGUAAUUUUGACGUUUUGGAAUGUUGUCAGAAAUAAUGUUGUUAAAUAAUAAUUAAUAUUGUUAUAAAAUGAUUACAAUAAUUAUCAGCGAUUAUCAUUAAAUGUCUGUCGUAAUUUACGUUAAGGCGCAACGCGUCAAUAUUUGUCAGAGUACAAUAUUAGUAUAAUAUAAAAAGAAAUCGUGUUAUUCACAUUCGCGUAUUACGUACGUACGGGCAAUAAUGUAUCUAACCGAAUAACACGCAGCUGUGCUGAAAUAUACGUACAAAAACAAGUGCAAUGACUACCAGAUCAAAAGCAAACAACAGAUUUCUUAUCGGCGAUGCUGAAUAUACUACCACAGCUAAACGAUUAAUUAAUACGCUCAAUAGACACGAGUCAAAGUUACUGUGUGAGAAUCCAUCCGCUAACGCUUAAAGAUGACAGUACGUUUUUUACGGGCAAAUUGAGGACGCUCGUAAAUCACGAAGGAUUCUAAAAGUCGUGAAAUGCGAUCAACAAGCUACGUGAAUAAUGUAUCGGUCGAUUUCCUGUGAAUACAUACCAACUAAAAAAAAAAAAAAAAAAAAAAAUAAAAUCUUUAGAAAUGGGUUCGAUAACUUCUUUUAUUUCGAAAAGGUCAUUGCACUGAUUAUCUUUUACUAGCGCUAAAUCUACAAGCGUUUUCAUUAAUUAAAAAUGCAUUCUUCUUUAGAGGUCUUUCAACGGUUAAUUUUUUAAUUAUGCAAGAUAUUAUUUUUCUAAAGUAAUCCAAUUGUGAGAUUUCAGGGUAUAAUGAAAAAUUCCAUAUCGAAAAUCGAAUAACUCUGUAUU